AUGGCGGCCGCAUUGUUUAUUAGCGCUUCGAAGUUUCCUCCCAUCCCGUUAACGAGACUCUUCGAAACGUUUAAGGGCGCCGCGGUAACGUGGGCAGGAAACGAGCUGACGAAGUCACCGUUAACUGGCAAAUAUCACCCGUGCAACGGGGCCACGAAGGCCUCGAUUGGGUCGAGCGGCAAGGCGCUUUUACGACGAACGGGUUCCUCAGGAACUAUGAUAAAGCUAAGUACGAACCAUUUUCGAUUGAGUUCUCGACCUCAGUGGACCUUGUACCAGUACCACAUCGACUAUAACCCUCACAUGGAAGCUCGGCGUCUUCGCUCAGCUUUGCUGUUUCAGCAUGAAGCCCUGAUUGGAAAGACACAUGCAUUUGAUGGGAGCAUUUUAUUUUUACCAAAGAAACUAGAAAACAAGGUUACCGAAGUGUUCAGUCAGACCCGGCAGGGAGAGAAUGUGAAGAUCACAAUCACCUUAACCAAUGAACUGCCUUCUACAUCUCCAACAUGCUUACAGUUUUACAACAUAAUUUUUAGAAGGCUCUUGAAGAUUAUGAAUUUGCAGCAAAUAGGAAGAAAUUAUUACAAUCCUUGUGACCCAAUCAGUAUUCCUGCACACAGGCUGAUGAUUUGGCCAGGUUUUGCAACUUCCAUACUGCAGUAUGAAACAAGCAUAAUGUUGUGUACUGACGUGAGCCACAAAGUUCUCAGGAGUGAGACAGUUCUGGAUUUCAUGUAUAACUUGUAUUCACAAGUGGAAGAACAGAGGUUCAGAGAAAUAUGUGCUAAAGAACUGGUUGGCUUGAUCGUUCUUACAAGGUAUAACAACAAAACAUACAGGGUGGAUGACAUUGAUUGGGAUGGCAGCCCUGAAUCUGUCUUUAAGAGAGCAGAUGGAUCUGAAAUCAGCUUUGUGGACUACUACAGAAAGCAAUAUAACCAAGAAAUCACUGACUUGAAUCAACCAGUAUUAGUGAGCCAGCCCAAAAGGAAGAAGGGCCCGGGAGGGGACAUAUGUGGACCAAUAAUUCUCAUUCCUGAGCUCUGCUAUCUUACAGGACUAACUGAUAAAAUGCGGAGUGAUUUCAAUGUGAUGAAAGACCUGGCAGUUCAUACAAGGCUUCCUCCAGAGCAACGAAUGCAUGAAGUUGGAAGGCUUGUUGAUUAUAUUAACAAAGAUGAUAAUGUCCAGAAAGAACUUCGUGACUGGGGUUUAGGCUUUGACCCCAAUCUGCUUUCCUUUCCUGCAAGAGUUGUUCAGUCAGAAAAAAUCCUUCAAGGAGGAAAAAUGUUUGAGUACAAUCCACAGUUUGCAGACUGGUCUAAAGAAACCAGGGGUGCACCUCUCAUCAGUGUAAAGCCACUGGAAAACUGGUUAUUGAUAUACACACGGCGUAAUUAUGAUGCUGCUAAUUUAUUGGUUCAGAAUCUCUUCAAAGUCACACCAGCAAUGGGCAUACGAAUGAACAAGGCAACAAUGAUCGAAGUAGAAGACAGAACAGAAGCAUACUUGAAAGCCUUGAACCAAAAAGUUGUCUCCAGUACACAGAUGGUGGUUUGCCUUUUGUCUAGCAACCGCAAAGACAAAUAUGACGCCAUCAAAAAAUACUUGUGUACAGAUUGCCCCACUCCAAGCCAGUGUGUUCUUGCUCGCACUCUAAGCAAGCCCCAAACAGUAAUGGCGAUAGCCACAAAGAUUGCUUUACAGAUGAAUUGUAAGAUGGGUGGAGAGCUGUGGAGUGUUGAGAUACCACUGAAAAAUCUAAUGAUUGUGGGAAUUGACUGUUACCAUGACACUACAAGUGGCCGACGAUCAAUUGCCGGAUUUGUUGCCAGCUUGAAUCAGGGAAUUUCACGUUGGUAUUCGCGCUGUUUCGUUCAGGAUCGUGGGCAAGAACUUGUGGAUGGACUCAAAGUUUGCUUACAAGCUGCUUUAAGGACAUGGUAUACCUACAACAACUGCAUGCCUUCCCGCAUUAUUGUGUAUCGAGAUGGUGUUGGAGACGGUCAACUGAAAACUCUGGUUAACUAUGAAGUCCCUCAGUUUUUGGAGUGCUUGAAAACUGUUGGGCAGGAUUACAGCCCUAAACUAACAGUAAUAGUGGUGAAGAAGCGUGUGAAUACCAGGUUCUUUGCUAAAGUUGGGGGAAGACAUCAGAACCCACCACCUGGCACCGUGAUUGAUUUAGAAGUUACCAGGCCAGAGUGGUAUGAUUUCUUCAUUGUGAGUCAGUCUGUGAGAGCGGGCACUGUUUCCCCAACCCACUACAAUGUCAUCUACGACAACAGUGCAUUGAAGCCAGAACACAUGCAACGGUUGACAUACAAGCUCUGUCACAUGUACUAUAAUUGGCCGGGUGUUAUUCGAGUACCUGCUCCCUGUCAGUACGCCCAUAAAUUGGCAUUCCUGGUGGGCCAGAGCAUUCACAGAGAACCCAACUUGUCUCUUGCGGAGAACCUGUAUUACCUGUGAACCUGCUCAAAUAUGGGAAGAAAAUAAACCCGUAGUUAUCAGAGUGCAACUGUGAGAUGUCUGCUGCAUCGUUCUGUUGUUUCACAAGUUUUGACUAUUGCAUGACAGCCGUAGAAGUUUGA